ACCUGGCAUUUGAAGGUGACCAGACCCCUUGAUGGCGUAACCUAGAACCUAAUACAUAAAUAUAAUAAUUUACGCUUGCUACGCUGCACGCUGCUGUGGCUCGCCGCCACCGCCACCACGGCCGUAUUAUUUCGGUUAUUUCACUGUAGUUACGGCGCACCACGACGCCACGGCAACUGUGGCCACGGCUGUGCUUUGCCGCUGGCCAUCCCCUACUCUCUAGAUGCUCCCAGAGCCGUAUCAGUCGUAUCGCCGUAUGCUCCGGCUGGCUCCAGUUGCUCUCUCUCGUACUGGUACGGAUGAUAGUGCUGGCAAAAUGGGUUGUUGGGUUUUUUUCAGUUCUGGUGCUCUUCCUUUGUGAAUAUGGGUGCGUGCAGUGCUCUCGGGUGUAAGAAUAGGGUCCGUUGCGGUAAGAAUAGAACAACCAGCAACUCGGGUGUCAGCUUUCAUCGGUUCCCCAAGAAGAAGGAGCUACAGGAUGCCUGGGUAGCUGCCAUGAAACGGAACGGCUGGCGUCCGAACAGUUCGAGCUUGUUGUGUUCAGUGCAUUUUCGGGAAGAGGACAUGGACCGAACGUCGCGGUCAUGUAUUCGUCUUCGCGACAAUGUAGUGCCGUCGCUGUUCCCGGAAAGAAAAAGGAGGAGGUCGCUUGGCUCAUCGUCGCUGGUUGCACCCGUCGAUGGAGACCACUGCUAUGGUAUGCCAGUGCCUAGCGAUAUGGAUACUUCUUUGCGGAAGAGUGAGCACUCAGAGGAGGUGACCACGGAUACAGCAGAUCAGGACGACAACAGCUGUGGCGACCUGCAGUGUUUCGCAGAUGCAGCAGUGAGUGCAUUGCAGUUGUUGCAUCAAGGAGUCCUCCAGGUAGACAGUGAUGAAAGUUCUGAAACAAAUUUGGGAAAGGCCAAAACCACUAAGGACAUGCAGUCACUUUCAAGAGAUCACCGCCCUUUCCCUCAUUUACGACCCAUCGUGCCCAAGCCUGUGGCAGCACCUGAAUUAACAAAAGAAAAUGUGUGCAUCGGGCCCAAUACAACGGAUCAGCAACCUGCAGGUCCUGCGCAGUUGCAAGUCUUGGUGAAACCUGGGCUUACAAGAGGCGUUUCUCUCCUAAAAAAGGGUCAAAGUGGCGGUGAGAACCAUAGUAACACUUCAAAGCCAGAUGGUUUGAUGUGGGGUCUACAGCGUAUGGAUGCUGCAGGGGAAGCGCAGGAAGUCAUUAUCUUGAAAGGUGUUGGGGUUGGGGGCCAUGAUAGUUUUCUACAGCAAGCGCCAGAGAUGCACAGCCCAACUGUUCCGCAGACUCCCGCACCUGAGGAACAUAGUGUCAUUCCAGAAGAUGUUUCGCAGAUGUGUAUCCCGAGGAUCGUCUCUGUAACGGGUAGUCAGCAGCAUGCCUCCACCGCGGAAGUUCAACGUCCAGCGAUUCUUGUCCAGCAGCUGAUGGCAACAACCUGUACUUCAUCUCUUAGGGACCAUAUCAGACUUUUGAAGGUGGGGCAGUACCCUUCGGCCUCAACUUCACACUCGUCAUUGUCGGGGCCUGCAGCCAAGACGUCGAUAAUGCCUGAUCUUCCAAGUAACGAGAUGGACGAGAAAAUGCAGCUCUGGGACACGAUUCAGAAGUUCAGGAGCCUUCACAAUGCAGACAGAAAGAAAAUCAAGUCACUGCAGGAGUGUGUGCGGCGUCUCCGGGUACGGAAUGAAAAGUUGAAGAAAGCGUUGGCAGACAAGUCGGCGAGUUUACCUAUGACUAAACUGGAGUUUUGCAAGAUGGAUGAAAGCCAGCGAAAGACACUCACACUCAGAUACAUGGACCCUCCCUGCUGCUGCUGUUCUGAGGACACAUAAGCUACAGUAAGUUGUGUGAAAGCUGCAACCUAGAGCAUCGUCUUGCGCAAGUGAGAGGUAAAAACUAUUUGUGGUGUGAAUGAAGCUUCAGUUUGGAAUGCCCUCUGGGACAAGGUGCCAAAUAUGUAUCUGCACUGCAUUUUCCUUUUAAAUAAAAUGAAGAGCCCAAUGUUCAUAGCUAGGA